AUGAUGGCAAAGCUCAGCCCUAUCGCAGUCCUGGCUGCCUCGCUGUCCCUCGUGUCGGCGCAGACCUACCAGAGACUUGGAACCUGCCCGGAUCUCGGCUGCGUUCUCCCGCCCGACCAGUCCGACUUCCUGCCCGGUCAGCUCUUCGACCUCCGUGUCGAGGUCCAUGCGCCCGUCAACGGCUCCGAGGCCUUCAACAACGGCGUCCCCGAUGAGGCCUUCACCGUCACCAUCGCCAAGGAGGGCGCCGCGGCCAAGAGCUUGACCGACUUCUUCGGCCUCGACGAGCCCGAGCUCGAGAAGUGGGAGUUCGGUUGGUACGAGGACCUCUUCGCCGAAGACGCCGGCCAGAAGAGCAUGGUCAACGUCGCCUCCAAGAUCUGGCGCCACAUCGCCCUGUACGAGCCCGGAAACUACGAGGUCGUCCUCAAGUACUACGACGGAAAGACCACCACCGCCAACUGGGUCGUGCGACCUCUGGCGACGGAGAAGAAGGCCAAGAACGUCAUCUUCUUCAUCGGUGAUGGUAUGACCACCAACAUGGUCACCGCCGCCCGUCUCCUCGGCCACAAGAGCAUCAACGGAAAGUACCAGACCAGCAUGGCUCUGGACAAGUUCCCCGUCAUCGGUCACCAGAUGACCCACUCCAUUGACAGCUACAUCACCGACUCCGCCAACUCUGCUUCUGCUCUGUACUCUGGCCACAAGUCCACGGUCAACGCCAUGGGUGUUUACGCUGAUUCGUCAGCCGAUGCUUUUGAUGACCCCAAGGUCGAGACCAUUGUCGAGCUUCUCCACCGUAUCUGGGGCUCUGCUUGGGGCGCCGUCUCUACUGCCUUCAUCGCCGAUGCCACUCCCAUCGCCCUGACUGCUCACACUCGCUCUCGCGGCUUGUACGGACCUCUCAUCGACCAAGCCCUCAACGGUGUCACGAACUACACCUGGACCAAGAUGGAAGGCCCCGACGUCUACUUCGGCGGUGGUGCCGAGCAGUUCUUCGCCGGUAAGGGCACCUACCAGGGCAAGGACUACUACGAGGAGUUCGCCAAGAAGGGCUACACCGUCGCUCUCAACAAGACUUCCCUUGAGGCUGCCGACGCCAACGAGAAGACCCUUGGUAUCUUCACCCAGUCUAACCUCCCCACCUGGCUCGACCGCAACGUCCUCACCGAGAACCUGGCCAAGCUCACCAACGACCCCACCGGCAACAAGAGCGCCGCUCUUGAUAUCCCCGGUCUCAAGGAGAUGACCCUGAAGGCAGUUGAGAUCCUCCACAACCGUGGCGGUGACGACGGUUUCUUCCUCAUGUCCGAGGCCGCCUCCAUCGACAAGCAGAUGCACUCUCUCGACUAUGACCGUGCCCUCGGUGACCUCCUUGAGCUUGACGACACCGUCAAGGCUACCCUCGAGAAGCUCGAGGAGCUCGGCAUCCUCGAGGACACCUUGGUCGUCGUCUCCUCCGACCACGGCCACGGCUUCGACGUCUUCGGAAGCGCCGACACCAAGUACCUCUCCGAGCAGGAGGACGACCGCACCAAGCGCAAGGCCGUCGGAACCUACGCCCAGUCCGGCCUCUCCCAGUACACCGUCGAGCAGCCCGGCAUCAGCUACAACACGGGCCCCAACUUCCCCCUCAACUGGAGCCCCCGCUACGCCAUCGCCGCCGGCGUCGGCGCCCGCCCCGACACCCGCGAGAACUUCGCCCUCCACGAGUCCGCCCGCACCCCCGCCACCCCGGCCGCCAACACCUCGGACUACUACGUCAACCCCAAGGACGCCGUCGACGGCUUCGUCGUCAACGGCACCAUCCCCACCUCCGAGUCCCAGGGCGUCCACUCCCUCACCGACGUCGCCGUCUGGGCCCGCGGCCCCUGCCAGGAGACCUUCGGCGGCACCUACAACAACAUCGACAUCUUCUACAAGAUGGCCAACUGCCUCGGCCUCGCCCAGCCCCGCAACGGCACCACGCCGUGCGGCAGCGCCGCUCGUCGCAGGCGCGCUCUUCACGUCUAA